AUGAACCAAACGUAUCCUUAAUAACCCCAGCCGGCAGGCAGGGACGACCGGCGGCGUGACACAGGGAGGAGAGGGGGCGCGCUGGCGGUCGGGAUCUGUCACCGAUUCGACCGCCCCCUGAUCGGAUUCCGUGGAGAUCCAACUCAGUCCAGAAUUCUCCGGGUUGCAUCGGGCAGACAAGAUGUACGAGAAACUCAGUUCGGGCAGGGAGAUUGGACAAGGGGCGAUGUCUAAGAAGCGAGACGGGGAGGAAAAUUACUGCCGCCGCACCGGCAAGAGGUUGCGACCUGUGCAGGAGCAGAAGCAUCUCUAUCUGGUGCUGGAUGACUGGGACAAGGGCUUCACCAUCCGCAAGAUUGACGCCGGCAACUUGGAUAUCAGUACGGACCUGGAUCUGGAGCCUUGUGCCCUCCGGGUUGUUGCACCUGUACCGGGCCAUGGCAUGAACUUCACUGCCUUGGGAAGCAACAUCUUUGUCUCUUGCAACAAACAUCCUGCAACCAUGGUCUAUGACACAGCGACUGGGGGUGUUGCCACUGGCCCUGUCCUCUCAGAUUCUAUGCUCGUCGGGGUUCAUAUAUUCGUGGCUACUGCCAACGAGCAGCUCUAUGCUUUGAAGAAUAACAUCCUGCGACGGGAGCACUCCUUUGAGGUGAUGUCCACGGUUGGCCUCAAGGAUCUGCAAAUAAGUCCAAGCAGGGACUGCUCCUGGAAAAGCAUUCCCUCUCCACUGCCAUUCACCAACAAUGAGAGGAUCACCUCCUAUGCCUUGCACCCGGAUGGACGCACAAUAUUCAUGACAGCGGGUAGUAGGAGCCUAUAUCGUACAUUCUCUUUUGACACCAGACAGUCUGAGUGGAGGUGUCAUGGGGAAUGGGUGUUGCCUUUUGAAGGCCAAGGCUACUUCGACAGCAAGCUGGAUGGAUGGGUUGGGCUUCACGAGGAUGGCUAUAUUUGCUCCUGCCAAGUCCCAUCCUGCAGCGGCGCAAGUAUCAGGCAGCUGGAUUGGAAGAUGGCCAGGGAGAAGAUGUUUCUCAAGAGCCGACGGAGUAGUGCCACCCUCACGUACAUGGGUAACACCAAGUUCUGCCUUGUGGAAUCUGUGUUACGCGAUGGUCUCGAGCUUGAGGACGCCCGUGGCGAUUGUGAUGGAUUCAUGCUCCAUAUCACCAUUUUCGCCCUUGGUUAUAAUCGUAAGGGAGAGCUGCAAACCACCUUCGAUCGCACUACUAAAUCCUAUCAAGUGUCUAAGCAUGUGUCAUUUUCUCCUGUAGCAUUCUGGAUGUAGUUAUGAAGCAG